ACACACACAUACACAUACACAUACACAUACACAUACACAUAAACUACGCAACAAUAACUCCACCCAUCAAUCCCAACCCUCCAAACCAUGACCUACGAACGCCAACGCGCCAUCGAAUCCUACGGCUGGACAUCCGUCCCCGCCUCUCUCUCCCAGCUCAUCCAACUCUCCCCAUCAGCCUCUACUCCCGCCUCCACCCUCAAAAUUUCCGAUCUCCCCUUCCCUACCUCCCCCCUCGUAAAAACCAUUCAAGAAUACGCACGCAGCGAACUACCCCAAGAAACCUACCACCACUCUAUGCGCGUCUACCACUACGGCGUCGCAAUCCUCAUUCACGCAUUCCCCCACUGGACAACGAUCAACGCGUCUAGUAAAUUUCUCGAAAGCUACGCGCUCACGGCUCUGCUCCACGAUAUCGGGACCGUACCGAAACAUUUGCAGGAGACGCUGAUGAGCUUUGAGUUUUAUGGGGGGUUUAUUGCAGAUGGGGUGUUGAGGGAUGCGGGGGCGGCGAGGGAACAGAGGGAAUUGGUUGUGGAGGGGAUUAUUCGACAUCAGGAUUUGGGAGAGGUGGGGACGCAGACGAGAAUUGGGGGGUUGGUGCAGUUGGCGACGAUUUUCGAUAAUAUGGGGGGGAAUGCGCAGUUGGUGGAUGAGGGGACGAUUGAGAAUGUGGUGGGGGAGUGGCCGAGAUUGGGGUGGAGUAAAUGUUUUUCGCACACAAUCGAGCAGGAAAAUGCUCUCAAACCAUGGGCUCACACGACACAUUUGGGGGAGAGGGAUUUCCCCGACGGAGUGCGGGGAAAUAAGUUGAUGGAGAAAUGGGAUUGAGAGUCCCAACAGCACUAGACACGGAAGCAGGUGGAUGAGGGACGACUAAGUAGGCUCACACUGGAUGAGGAAUGACAAGUGAAUAAAAUCAUGAGACAACGAGGUAAAAGAAACGGAAAACGCACUCGGAAAUCAUACGGGAAAAGAGCCAUAGCUUGGGAAAAUAGAAUGAUAUCUACGGCGUGGAAAUACCAUCUCAAUGACAUUUCAGUAGCAAAAUCUGUCUAUCUUCUUGUACUAUCCCAAUUUCUCUCCAAUAUAUGUCCAACCCUCAACCCAUUCAUCAACAAACCAAUCCAGGCGUCGUGACGGAGUGGUUAACGUGA